CUUUGUGCCUGUUUGCUUAUAAUCCUCGGGUGCGAUCUUUCCCACACAGGUCGUCUUCUUUUGACACAAUUAGUAAUGAACAGACUGAGCUCAUUUGUCCGUGCCUACUCUACCGUCCAACCUGGCCUGCGCCCCGGUAUCACCAAGGGCUUUGUCGGUGCAAUUGGCAACACUCCUUUGAUUCGUUUGAACCGCCUCAGUGAGGAAACUGGCUCGGACAUUUUGGCCAAGGCCGAGUUCAUGAACCCUGGUGGUUCCGUCAAGGACCGUGCUGCUCUUUUCGUCGUCAAGGAUGCUGAGGAGAAGGGGUUGAUCCAGCCCGGAGGUACUGUUGUUGAGGGUACGGCUGGUAAUACGGGCAUUGGGUUGGCUCACGUCUGCCGUGCCAAGGGUUACAAGUGCGUUAUUUACAUGCCCAACACCCAGUCGCAAGAAAAGAUUGAUUUGUUGCGUAUGUUGGGUGCUGAGGUGUACCCCGUCCCUGCUGUCGCCUUCGACAACCCACAAAACUACAAUCACCAAGCUAAACGCCACGCUGAAAGCUUAAGCAACGCCGUCUGGACCAACCAAUUCGAUAACAUUGCUAACCGACGCGCACAUAUCGAAACUACUGGCCCUGAGAUCUGGGCCCAAACCGAAGGUCGUAUGGAUGGUUUCACCUGUGCCACCGGAACCGGCGGUACAUUCGCUGGUACUGCCCGCUAUUUAAAAACCCAAGACAGCAAUGUCAAGGCAUACAUUGCUGAUCCUCCAGGAUCCGUUUUGCACAGCUAUGUCCAGAGUGGCGGCAAGUCGUUCGACCGCGAGGGUGGUUCCAUUACUGAGGGUAUUGGUCAGGGCCGCAUUACAGACAACAUGGCUCAGGACGUGGAUAUUGUCGAUGGUUCGUUCUGCGUCCGCGACGAAGAGUCAAUCAACAUGCUUUACCGGUUGUUGGAUGAGGAGGGUAUCUACGUUGGCGCAAGCUCUGCACUGAACGUUGUUGCCGCUGUCAAGUUGGCCCGUGAAUUGGGAACUGGCAAGCGCAUUGUGACUAUCCUGGCCGAUGGUGCCUACCGAUACCAAUCGCGUCUCUUCAGCCGCUCGUGGCUAGAGUCCAAAAAGCUCGAUAAUGCCAUUCCUGAGCAUUUGCAGAAGUACAUUGUUUUGCCGUAGACUAAUAUCUUAAUAUAUCCAUUGUUUGCCCUCAAAGAAAGAAACAUCGAUGUUGUAUUUAAAUAAAUCUUCUUAGAUAUAGAAAAUGAAUAACAGGGGAGUUACGGUGUUG